UUGCCUCAAGGCAUUUCAUUUUGGCAGAUAAAUAAGCUCUAUUAGAUUUUGUGUCUUACAAACAUGAACAGACGAGCGACCAAAGAUUUGAUUGGACCAGCAUUACUCGAAAAGCGUUCAAAAUAUAUAGAAAAUGAGAUGGAGAUCCGAAGCCUAUUUAUCUAUUUGAAACGUUGUCCAAAAAAACUAAACGAAUAAUUUUGAGCGCCAUAUUUUCCUACACUUGCGCUUUGGACCACCUUCCCCUGCCAUUGUUUUCUCUCGUUAGUUGCUGGCCCAACCGAUGGAGAGACGCUUUCAAUGGCGUGCACGCGAUUAAUUUCUAGCUGAUUGCAACCCGCGCCAAGUGCAGUCCGGUGAUGGAUAGCGAUGAGUCUAUUACUAUAUGAUGUUCCCGGAUCGGAGCAAAGAGGGUGGUUAAAUAAAAACAUGAUCUCAAUUUGGUUGCCCCCCAAGGAGCUAGAAAACUUGAUUUGAAGUUUCCUUUCAUGAUGUUGAAAAUAAUAAAUUUGAAUUGAUGAUUCAUUUAAGUUUUUCAUGGGAACUUUUCGAUUGCCAAUACAUUAGUGAUCGUAUCCGAAAGUACUGAAUACACGACCACCCUAGUUCCGCCAACUCAGAAUGCAUCUGCCUCUAUUUUUCGCCGUGUAUUAUAUAAAUUAUACCUGACCGAUGUUGAAUAUUCGAAUCACUAUCGCGCGUUUGGUCGGCCGGUUCAAAGAGGGAAGGCAUCAAUUCAGAGUGUUGAUGCAGUGAUUAGCGAAUUUUCCGCAAGCCCCACCGCACACACGGGCACAGAUCAUUGUCUCCGCAGUGACCGGGAGUCGCUUGGGGCGGCUUCCUCCCUCAGUUCAGUACGGAACUAGAAUCUAGCGCGAGUGCAUCGAUCGAUCGACGGCAACGGAACAAUUGCGAGGAAAUGAGAACUGUGUCAGUGGGGAGGCUGCUCUUGUUGUUCAUAGCCUUGAGUUCCAGAACUGCCCUGGCGGACAACUAUUUGGCCAAAGAUGAAGAAGUGGUCAACGCAACAUCGUCAAUCAUGGACAACAUCGCAUCGGCACAAGCAUCCUUAGAAUCGUUUAAAUCCGAUAUGCCAACGACUGAUUAUCUGAAACUGGGUGCUCAAGGUCUGAUGGAGUAUGUUUCGAACUUGACCAGCAAAUUUACUCCUGUUUUUGAAAUGUUCGAAGACAAUGAUCUUCAAUUGGUUCAGCAGAACCUCAUCGAAGCUAUCCGUUAUCUGAAUGGCUACGAAGUCGUCAACAGCAUAACUCUGCUUCAACACGUCGACUACAACCUCUACAAUCACAACCAGUUCCGGUCAAUCAACAGUGAUAUGAGAAUUGCUUCAAUCAGCCUAUCGGAGGCAAUGUUCGAUCAACGCGACGUAACUCCUGCCAUGGAUGAUCUUCUCGCCACAUCCGAUAAGCUGGUUGAAAACGUGAUUCGCGUGUCGGAUGCUAUCCAGAAAGGCGAAGCUUGGACCCUGGAGACAACCAGUCGGGCUAUGGCCGCGCAGCAUAGCUUUAACGAAUCGAUCGAUAACUAUCUGAACGUAUCGGCGACUUUGAUCGAGGACACCACCGAAUCGUUGAACAACUUACGUACCUACGAGGAAGAAUUGUACCAAAAGAUGAAGGAGAAAAUUCCGAUGUUUCCCAAAUCUACCAUCAACUAUUUUAUCGCGCUGAAGAAAUCACUGGAGAACAUGAUUCAGAAAGUGAUUCUCAAUUUCGAUAAUCUCCGACUCUACAAGCAUCGGGAGAUCGAACAAUGGAAAACGCGAUCGUUCAUUUCCGCCCCGAUGAGUUACAUGACUCAAGUUACAACCCAGGUCGCUGCCGAUCCGAUGCUCGCGAAUGAUUGCACCGACAGCUACAUUGAGAAAUUGCUGGCUUUCCCGAACUUCACGAUGACUCAUGUGAACGCGUGUCUGUUGGAUCAAGCGGCGAACGAGGAGAAAACUUUCGAAGCCGUCAACAGUGUCAUCGAAAACUUUGCCGUUAGUGCGAUCAAUGCGUCCUACGCCGCUUUCGAUAUCUGCUUCCGAUAUGCUCCGAAAAAAGUGACGUACUGCUUAGAUUUGAACGGGUUCGAGAACACCUGGGCGAACGGGCGAAUCUUCAUGGCAUCGAAACAGAUCGAAUCGCUCAUCGAUAGCGAGAUUCAAAGCAACUUUAACACCUGCAUUGCCCAGAUCGGAUACUUCCUGAAUUAUCACAAUCUACAGGAGAUGUGCUUCUACAACAAGAAAAGAAACCGACCACGUGGUCGUUGGUGA